AUGACGCUACUUUUCCAAGAAUUCCCAGAAUUAGAAUCAUUAUCACGACAAGAUCUCGAGGAGCUUCUGCAGUCACCGAGCUAUCUAGAUGCGGUGUACUCGACGCUGCCUCGCACCGAAGCGCUUAAGAAGCGGGAGGAGUUGCUGAUGCUCUCAAAUGAGGAUUUGGCGAAACGGAAUAUGGAGCUGGGCGAGACGCUGAUGGCAUUGCGACGGGAUACGCAGCACUCGUACGAUGAAGCUACGGCGGCAUACACGCGUUGGAAUGAGAUAGAAAAGCAACUGAAAGAUAUCGAUCAUAAGACUUCAACUGCUUUCCUCACCAUGCGUCUCAAGCAGGCUGUUUCGCAGCAGGACGAUCUCAGCGAGACCAUUGCGUCAGACUUCAUUUCCUCCGCUAAUAUGGACGAAUACAGUGACCCUAAAGAGCAGCAGCAGCAUAUAGAUACCUUUGUUAAGGAAUUCAAACAGAUGCGGAAACUAUACCACAAACGCAACAUUUGGGCAGACAAAGCCAGCCAUGGCGAUGUAAUCUGGCAGUAA